GCGGGGCCGGCCCGAGGGGAGCCCCGGCCCCGCGCCAAUGGCGGCGGGGGGGCGGCUCUGCCCGGCCGGCCCGCUCGGUUACAGGAUGGAAAUUCCCGGCCUCCCCGGGGAGGGAGCUCGGGCUGCGCUCUCUGAAAGGCUCAUUUAUCUCCGCACUGCCGCCCGAGCGGGGUCCCGGGCUGCUGCUGCCGCCGGCCCGGCGCACCCCCGGCCCGCACCAUGCCCCGCGUCCCGGCCGCCGGCCCGCUGCUGCUGCUGCUGGCGCUGCUGCUGCUGGCGGCCCCGCACGGCGGCUCCGAGAGCCCCAAGGGCAAGCAGAAGGCGCUCCGCCAGCGGGAGGUGCUGGACGUGUAUAAUGGCAUGUGCUUACAAGGGCCCAGCGGUGUUCCUGGACGGGAUGGAAAUCCGGGAGCCAACGGGAUCCCUGGGACACCUGGGAUCCCGGGACGGGACGGGCUGAAGGGGGAGAAGGGCGAGUGCAUGCGUGAGAGCAUCGAGGAGUCCUGGACACCCAACUUCAAGCAGUGCUCGUGGAGCGCGCUCAAUUACGGCAUCGACCUUGGCAAGAUCGCGGAGUGCACGUUUACCAAGAUGCGCUCCAACAGCGCUCUCCGCGUGCUCUUCAGCGGCUCGCUGCGGCUCAAGUGCAGGAACGCCUGCUGCCAGCGCUGGUACUUCACCUUCAACGGGGCAGAGUGUGCUGGCCCGCUGCCCAUCGAAGCCAUAAUAUACUUAGAUCAAGGAAGCCCGGAGCUGAAUUCUACUAUCAACAUACACAGAACUUCCUCAGUGGAAGGCCUGUGCGAAGGGAUCAGCGCUGGCUUGGUGGAUAUCGCCAUCUGGGUUGGGACGUGCUCAGAUUACCCACGGGGAGAUGCUUCUACUGGAUGGAAUUCAGUCUCCCGAAUUAUCAUUGAAGAACUGCCAAAAUAACUUCCCUCCCUUUGUAUAAUACCUUUUUAUUAUUAUUAUUUUGUACUAUUUUUUUCGAAAUUUAUUUCAAUAGAGUUGGAUGCAAGUACUGGACUGAAAGGCACCAAAGCCUUGCAUCUGUAGCCUUUGUCUUGUUUUGCACAUGGCAGAGGCUUUUUUAAUAAAAAUUUUAGAAUAGAAAUAUCAAAAUCAAGUUCAUUAAUGUUUUAAAUUUCUUUUUUGAUGUAAUACCACCACUGUU